AUGCCUCCCACUUUCCCCUGGUGCUCUCGGCACCCCCAGAGCAGAGGAAAUUCCUCAGGUUCUUUCAGGGGAGGCGGAGAGAGCAAUGUGCCCGUCAGAACAUCGGGAAGAGAUAAGGAAGGUUCCGGGCUUCCCCCGGGGACCCGCAGGUCGGUGCCGCGCUUCGCCCCACGCCCUGGGCCAGCCGACCUGCCAUCAGCUCCAUACGCCACCCCAGGGUCCCGUUUCUCCUCGGGCAUGGUCCUGGUUGGGUUUUUCCUCCUUGCAAGCCCUGCGGAGUCUCCUUUGGACUGCAAACUGCUCCCCGAGGGCUCACGCCCCGCCGCUCCCCUUGGCUCGCAGGUGGCGAUUAAACGCGUGGCUCGGGACCGCAUCUCGCAGUGGGGCGAGCUGCCCAGCGGCAGCCGUGUGCCUCUGGAGAUCGUGCUUCUGAACAAGGUGGGCUCCGGCUUCCACGGCGUCAUCCAGCUCCUGGACUGGUUCGAGCUCCCGGACAGCUUCGUGGUGGUGAUGGAGCGUCCGGAGCCCUCGCAGGACCUCUUCGACUUCAUCACAGAGAGGGGGUUCCUGCCGGAGGAGAUGGCGCGGGGGCUGUUCCGCCAGGUGCUGGAGGCCGUGCGGCACUGCAACAACUGCGGCGUCCUGCACCGCGACAUCAAGGACGAGAACAUCCUGCUGGACCUGGCCACGGGAGAGCUCAAGCUCAUCGACUUCGGCUCCGGCACGUUUCUCAAGGACACGCUGUACACGCAGUUUGACGGAACGCGGGUCUACAGCCCCCCGGAGUGGAUCCGCUUCCACCGCUACCAUGGCCACUCGGCCACCAUCUGGUCCCUGGGCGUCCUGCUCUACAACAUGGUGUGUGGGGACGUGCCCUUCGAGCAGGACGAGGACAUCAUCCGGGGACAGCUCUUCUUCCGCCGGCGCAUCUCUCUCGAGUGCCAACACCUCAUCAAGUGGUGUUUGUCCAUGCGCCCCUCAGACAGGCCGUCGUUGGAAGACAUUUUCAACCAUUCUUGGCUGCAGGACAUUCACCUGGAACCAGCUGAGAUCCACCUGCACAGUUUGAUCCAGGAGCCUGACAAGUAAGAGCUCCAUGCAGCUCCUGGUCAUAAGAAGCAAAGAAAACCAGACUUUUUCAUCUUGACCAUAGCACUGAGCAACGAUCCUCAGAUGUUCUCAGAUGGGAAUGUGCAAAUCUUGUCCUGGAGCUGGGCUGGGGACCUGCUCUUCCAAGUUCUGGUAGCCACCAUCCAAGCCAGCUGUCCUGGACUCCAUCUGAAUGACCUUGCCUCUUCUGAGAUUUUACCAGUAGUUUUUUUUUUUGGACUGGUUUUGGAGGCUCUCAAGGGUCAUCUUGACCUGCUGAAUUGGAUGGUGAGAGGAUUGGAGACCUGAUUGCAAGAAAAGCUUCAAUGGGGGAAAACUGUGUGGAGGGCAGGGCCUGUGGCCAAGUGGCUGUCCCUUCUCACUGUCCCUUCUCGCUGUCCCCAUGCUCAUGUGCCUUCUGUUUGAUCUGAGCUGUGCUGGAGGAAAGACUUGACGUUUCCUACAGUGCUGCUUUUCUGAGACUUGCCUGGGCCUAUAGUUCCUUUUCAAAAAGGAACUGGGUCAGAAGAUGCUUGGGAACCACGUGGGUUAUGCCUUGUCUCCUGUGCCUCCAUCCCACACGGGUUUUCUGGGGUUCUUUGCUUCUCUGUGCCCUCACGAAUGCACAAACAAUGCAAACCAACAGCUGUAAAUGUGUACAUACAGGAGCAAAGCUUGAUGUACAGUUGUGAAUAGUGAUAACAUUUUGCCUUUUUUUUUUUUUUCUCAUUUCCAGUUUUUGUUUUUAAUUUAUUUUCAUGAAUUCCUUGUUUGUUUGUUUUUUAAAGGAAGAGUUCUAGCCACUAGGAAGACUUCUAGCUGCUAGGAUAACUUAUUUAUUUAUUUAUAAUUCAUGUGGGUUUCCAGCCCAUGCCUUGCUUCUACAGCUGCUGAUCCCCCAGUUUUCCAUUCGGGUUUUCCCUCUGUUUCUGUCCAGUGUCCAUCCCCGGGCCCAUCGUGUUUCUGUCGCGUGUCUGGUGGAGGUGUGGGGUGGCUGCUUCUCCUCAGCUGUCUGUGUACAUAGUUCUGGGUGCUGUUCUUUCCUUGCCAUGUGCAGAUUUCAGUUUGCAGAUGAAUUUGGGUUUUCUCCACGGGUGUCUUGUUUGGGGCUGGGGAGGGGGGAGCUGGCCCAGGCUGUCUGCACUGUCCAGUGUGUACCUGUAACCAAGUGUGUAGUCGGCGGGUUUUGUUAAUAGUUGAUAUUGUACAGGGGAAUUGAGAAAUCUUAUUUUUUUUAUGCGGUUUUAAAUAAAAAAAAACCAACUUGAUGUGAUGGAGACAUUCCUUUGUUGUGGGGCGGGAUGAAGGACAUGCUGUGAGUUGUGGGGUGCCAGUGACCACACUGUGGCUACUCCAGGGACCUUGACUCCAAAGAUCCAGGACCAGCCAGUCAAAAGCACCAUGGGGACUGCCAGAUCCAUCCCUCCACGGGGUGUUUCCAGAGCUGACUGCUCCUGGCAGCUCUCCUGGGAGAGAUCAAAGAUGUGCUGAACCCUUCUCGUUCCCAUUCAUCCACAGGC